AUGCCUUCUUCCAAAGGGAAGCCCACGGAUCCCGAGCUGCGCGAGCAGAUCAAGGAGGAGAUCAAAGAAGAACCGAACAAUUCAGGAGGCGGGCAGGGACAGUGGUCAGCCUGGAAGGCAUCCAAGCUGGCAAAGGAGUACGAGAAGCAGGGAGGUGAUUAUGAAAACGAACCGGGCUCCAAAAACGAGCCCAAGAAGGGAUAUCCACAGCCCAAGAGCGAAGCCAAGAAGAAGGCAGAGACAUGA